CUUUAUUUGUCACUCAGAGUCUUGCAGCUAAUGGUAGAGGGUGUUUGGCAGUGUGUUUUCAGUCAGGGUUCAGUGUAAGCGCAUCUGUUGUGGAUGAGGACCGUAGGGGCCUGUGCUGGCUGAGGCACAGAGGGCAGAGUUACAGAACAGGAGGAAGCAGAGGACUUGGCAGGGGCACCACUGAGCUGUUUGCUGCAGCUGAACCAUGGUAUGAAUGAAGAGGGCUCUGGAAAUAAUUGAAGUAGCCUUGUUUCCAGUGCACAGUAUGAAAAGCUGUCCUGAGCAAUAAUGGAAGUGUGGGCAAGAAACCAGAAAAUGCCACAGGUUUAUUCAGGCAAGCAUGCCUUACUUUGCUGUUCAAUCAGGAAAUGUGUGUUUAUAUGUAACUAAGACACACAGAAUAAUUACUGUGAACAGUAAGUUGGUACAGGAGGAGCUUCCCUGCAAACAUUCUCACCAAGUCCUGAAAUACUGUAAAAAUCAGUAAGAAAAACUUGUUACAAAAGCAUUCACAUUCACUUCCUUACAUUAUCCAUCUUGCUAACUUAAAAUGCAAGAUUAAAUGUAAUCUUCCUUGGCAAAGGAACUAGACUUUGUGUUUAGAGAAUAAAUGUUCAGGAAAAGUCCUUUUUGUGCACAGUGCAUGCUUUAUGAUUGCUCAAUGUUGAUUUAUGUACUGUUCCUGUAAAUCUAUGGCAAAUGUCCAGUAGUUUGUAACCAUGAGGGUCAGACCAAUAGAAAUAUGGAACACAUUAAUGAAGAAAAGACUCUGUUUCAUGUUUGAACAUGCAGCUUCUACAAACUUGAAACAAAGGGCUGAAGCUGGCUCAGGAGCAGGAUAAAUGGACAAUAUAAAGGUGCUCUGAUAGCAAAGUCCCUCAAUAACACAGACAAUCAGAAAACCAGAUGGGUGCCCCAAAUCAGGAACAGGACAAACUCAAGUUCAAAUUUCAGAGUGAAAGUAAUUACACAUUGUUGAAAAUAUGCAUUCUGGGCUUUAGGCUAUAGUUUCUGAACAUUGCUUGGCAGAAUAAAGAGAAUUUAAGAUGACAGAGGCCCUGAUUAAGGAACAUGGUGCUCAGCUUCUGUUUGUCCAAUAAGGAACAUCCCUGCAAAACAAUCCCAUUGCCAAAAUGCUUCUUGCUACAUUAUAAUGUACGUAACCACAAAUUUGCAGGCAGCUGGAAUUGUGCAAUCUUUUCAGGCAGGCGGACUUAGAGAGCUCUCAUCCUUCAUAGAUAAAACAACUUGAAAACUGUUUAUUCAAAGAAUUUGUCCUACACCUGCUUUGAAUGGGGUUUUAAAGAAACACAGCCAUUUCUGUGUAAACAUUAACUGUAUGGCUGUCUCAGUCUACCACAAAAAGCUUGUUUAUACUAGAUGUUACUUUAAAUGAAGCAGGAGGAGCCCUGGCUUUUAAAGGAAAGAUUUGUGUUGUUUUUAUUAUUCCUUUUGGUCACCAUGGGUUACAGAAUGGAGCGUGCAACAUGAGUCUAUGCUCCUGCUUGUUUUCUAGUGGGGCUGCUCAGGUGUGUUAGAGGAAUAUCUGUGCUUGGAUUCAAAUAUUUUACUUUCCUGUGUGGAUUAGUGGUUCAAUCUGAUGAAGUGCUGUUAUCUGGUGUCUCAGCUCUAGUGACAAGACUCUUGACCUGCUGGAUCAGCUCCUUCCAGAUGCCCUUUGGCACUAGAUAUUAUGCUGUAUACCAUUCUGGCUUUGCUACAGGACAACCUAUUACUUCAGAAGACUAACUGAAUACACUGGCAGCUUUUCUGCUAAAGGAAGCAAGCGUGUCACCUGCCCUCUGGUAAUGUGAUUUGAAGAUGUCAACCUCUUGGCAAAUGUGCUGCAAUAAGAAGUCCAGAACUGAGAAAACAAAAGCUGAAAUGGACAAUAUGGCAGAGACAAGUGAAAAAAUGCAGAUGAAAAAAGAAAUCACAUUACUAAAUGGAGUUUCUUUAAUUGUAGGGAACAUGAUUGGCUCUGGCAUAUUUGUAUCACCCCGAGGUGUUUUAAUGUAUAGUGCUUCCUAUGGACUCUCACUGAUCAUCUGGGCACUUGGUGGGAUUUUUUCCCUGUUUGGAGCUUUGUGUUAUGUUGAACUGGGAACAUCCAUCAUAAAAUCUGGAGGCAGUUAUGCCUAUAUUCUGGAGGCAUUUGGGGCCUUUGUGGCCUUCAUCAGACUCUGGUCUUCCUUGCUAAUUAUCGAACCAACGACUCAGGCAGUGAUAGCAAUCACGUUUGCUAACUAUAUUGUUCAGCCAAUUUUUCCCCACUGUGAGCCGCCAUAUGAUGCAGUCAGGUUGAUUGCAGCUGCAUGUAUAUGUUCCUUAACAUUUAUUAACUGUGUUAAUGUAAAGUGGGGUACCCGUGUACAAGAUGUUUUCACAUAUGCAAAAGUCAUGGCUCUUAUCUUGGUGAUAUCUGUUGGCCUUUACAAAAUUGGCAAAGGGGAAACUGAAAACCUGAGAGCUCCGUUUGAGGGCUCAGCAACAAACCCAGGGAUGAUCGCCCUGGCUCUCUACUCUGCCCUCUUCUCCUACUCAGGAUGGGACACGCUCAACUAUGUCACCGAGGAAAUGCAGAAUCCUGAGAGGAACCUACCUCUUUCUAUUGCAAUUUCAAUGCCUAUUGUAGCUAUUAUUUACGUAAUGACUAAUAUAGCAUACUAUGUAGUGUUGGACAUGUCAGCUCUCCUCACAAGUGAUGCGGUGGCUGUGACAUUUGCAGGUGAAACCCUUAGUCAUGCCAAGUGGAUAAUUCCUAUAGCAGUGGCCAUGUCUUGCUAUAGUGGCUUAAACUCAUCAAUUAUUGCAGCAUCUCGGCUUUUCUAUGUCGGAGCCAGGGAAGGACACCUCCCUGUCAGUCUGAGCUUGAUUCACGUAAAGUGCUUCACACCAGUCCCUGCUCUCCUGUUCAACGGCUUAAUGACUUUGCUUUAUCUCCUUGUGGAAGAUGUUUUCCUCCUUAUUAAUUACUACUGCUUCAACUACUGGCUCUUUGUGGGUCUGUCUAUUGCGGGACUAAUAUACCUAAGAUAUACUCAGCCACAUAGACCACGGCCUGUCAAACUUAGCCUCUUCUUCCCUGUAGUAUAUUGUUUGUGUUCCCUAUUCCUGAUUAUAGUACCUCUCUACAGUGACACAAUCAAUUCCCUUAUUGGUGUUGGUAUUGCCCUCUCAGGCAUUCCUGCAUAUUAUUUGGGAGUCUAUCUGCCAGCUGAAAAACGACCUAAAUGUCUACUUUGGCUCUCUGCUACAACAACGAAGUAUGUUCAGAUGCUCUUCUACUGUGCUCUGUCAGACCUGGACAUAGACGUGGAACCCACAGCAGCUAAGAGUAAAUAGAGUUGCCUCAACGUUGAGAAUUGUGCCCUGACAUCUCCUGUCUGGAACAAUUUCUAUCAUCUGAAGUUCUCCCCACAUGUUCAGUCAUACUAGAGCACUAACCACUGUACUGUGCAUCAGUUUGAUGUCAGUUAAGUUGUGACUCUGUUUUCCAGGAUUUCUUUUUAAAAUUUUGUUUGUUAAUAGUGAAUUAUCAUGUAACAUGUUGAAGCUAUAAAGCACUUUGUUAGAAAGGAUGAAAGUUUAACAAGAAAGUUUAACAGAUAUGUAUUCUUGGCAAAAAGCUCUUUGAAUGUAGAAUCUGAGAACGAAAAAGGGAUGGAAGCAAGUUUUGAUAUAGAAGAACAAUAGAUGUAUAAAUUGACAAUUGCUGAGCCAGUCAUCACUGGACAACUAAAAAAGCAAAGGUUAAGUCGAGUUGGAAGGGGAUUUUAUGACUAGAGCAAAGGAUAUGUUGACCACAAACAAAAAGAUGUUUUCACCAAGCAGAAAUAGGUCUUAGGAAAAGCAGAAAGAUACCACAAACAAACAAGCAUGCCAGUGUGGCAAGUAGAAAAAAGGUCUAAGAAUUUUCUGCUGCAGGAAAACUGAAAAAAACCCUUAAGUUUAAACUGUAACAUACUAACUCAUGUGAUUGGAUAGUAUUGACCAUAAUAUGGUAAGGAUAGUAGUUAUGAUAGGCUAUAGGUAAUAGUAAAGGUAUUGAUUGGUUAUGUAUUAAGAUGCUCAGCAAAUAAAAGUAUAUAAUGCACUGUAACCAAAACUAAAGGGUCUUCAGGCUUGUCUACAGCUGGAACUGACAGCUGUAGGCGUGGCUCUGUCACCCACAACUCAAGACUGCUUUAAAAUCUUGCAUACAAUAAACUGCAUUUUGAAGAGCC